AUUGGUUUCACUAUAUGAAAAAGACUUAUAACUUAAAAAUUGAAUUAAAGAGCUCAAGUUCUUCAGAAAAAACAUCCCCUUACUUAGACAGUGAUGGCUAGUAUACUAUUUAUAAGUUAUCCAAGGGAAUAUUAUGAUUAUUUUGAUGUAAUUAAAAUUGAUAAUAUAACUUAUGGAGAAGUUAGUACUAAAAGAUGUGGAAGGAUUACUAUGGAAGAUAGGGUAUUUAAUUCUUAGAAUAACUCACUAGUUUUAAGCUAUUGCAGACUUUGAUGGAAAAUAAUAAUAAUUUUAUUUUGGAGUCUUUGAUGGUCAUGGUGGGUCUUAUGUGGCUAAAUUACUUAGAGAACAAUUACAUUUUCAUUUAAAAAAUAAUAAGUUUUUCAAUAUUGAUAUUGAAUAAGCUAUUUUAGAAAGUAUACAUAACUUUAUAUUUCUCCAAAAAGGUUUUAAUUAAAUGAAUAUUGAUAUUCUUAAAUAAUAACAUUUAUUGAUGAAAGACGGAGGUUCAACUGCUUUAUGUGUUAUAAAUGUAGGUAAAGAGUUAUUUGUAAUCAAUGUUGGUGAUAGUGCUUGUGUAUUGAUUGAUAAAGAUUUCUAAAUUACUAAAUUAAAUUAAGAACAUAAACCAGAUAGAUUAGAUGAAUCAAAAAGAAUUAUGGAUAACAAUGGAUUUGUUUUGACCAUUAAGUAUAAACACAAUUAAAUAGAAAUUAGGCUAGAAUUAAUGGUGAAUUGGCAGUGAGUAGAUCUUUUGGUGAUCCAAAAUAUAUUGAACAUGGAUUAACUGCUAUUCCUGAAAUCACUAAGUUAUAAUUGAAUGAAAAUUCUAAAUAUUUAAUUCUAGCCACAGAUGGAUUUUGGGAUGUGAUUACUAUAUAAAUACUUUAAAAGUUACUAAUAAAUUGGGAAAACUUUAAAGAUAAAGAAGGUCUUUCACAAUAUUUACUAGAAUCAGCAUAAAAAUAAUAGACUAACUAUAAAAAAGAUAAUAUGACAAUAAUCAUAAUUGAUUUAAUUAUUUAUUUCAAUAAAUUAUAAUGA